UGGAGGCUGACGUGGCCCCGCGAGGGUCGCAUACCCACAUGCUGCAGCGGCUAUCUAAUAAUACGCCGGGAACGUAUACUAUUUGCGAAGUCGCUGUUCGGCGAUCGGAUUACUGGACGGCUUCUUCCGGCGAUGAUACGAGUAAACAGCAGAGGACCUGUGACUGUAAAUCUGGAGCCUAUGCGUUACCGAAUCAGCUUCCGAUGCGCAAGCAAGUCGAUAUUGAUGGCCACGAGUUUUGGGGUUUUUGUAGAUACGGAAACUAUUGGGAUGAGAAUAUUGGACAGAUACGAGACUGGAAUGGGAUUUCGACGAGUAAUCAGUGUGAGUUGCGCUGGAAUCGAUGUCACUCGAGGUGCUUUGGUAUGCCAUGUUCUGGUGGGUUCUCUGCCAGUGCGUGUCAUUUGGUCGUGAGAGUUGGUCGUAGUCAGUCCGGUCUGGCGAUGGGAUGUCGGGUAUCCUGGACGCUAGUUCGUUUGCGUCCUAGAAGUGCUAGGCAGGGUUGCAGGGUAGAAUGGCAGUCCCACACUGUCUGAGCAUGCCCAGAGGACUAUCAGGCU